UUUUUAUCUCUCCCAUUCAGAUGCAAGUUUUUCAGUUUGACAGAGACUCCGGAGGACUACACCAUAAUCGUCGAUGAGGAAGGCUUUAAAGAGCUGCCCCAGUCAGAGCACAUCAGUGUUGCUGAUGCCACAUGGUUGGCCCUUAACGUGGUGUCAGGGGGCGGCAACGCAUCCAACUCGCAACCCAUCGGAGUCACCAAAAUCGCUAAAUCGGUCAUUGCGCCGCUGGCCGACCACAACAUCUCUGUAUUCAUGCUGUCAACGUAUCAGACGGACUUCAUUCUGGUUCGAGAGCGAGACCUGCCGAUGGUCAUGCACACGCUGUCUUCCGAAUUCACUUUGCUUCGGGUGGUCAAUGGAGAGACGGUUGCUGCUCACGAUCUGGGGGUCAGCAACGGCUUUGUGAAGCCUAAACUUGUGCCCCGUCCCAUCAUUCAUCCCUUAUCUAGUCCCAGCAACAUGUUCUGUGUGACCAGCCUGGACCCAGACACACUGCCCUCUGUAGCCACCUUGCUCAUGGAUGUCAUGUUUUACUCUGGAGGGCCGAAGGAGCCCGGCGCAUCCAGCGAGGACUCCAGCCACAUCCGCUUCUUCUCCUUCUCCCUGAUCGAGGGCUACAUCUCUCUGGUCAUGGACGAACAGACAACUCAAAGGUUUCCAAACAACGUCCUCUUCACCAGUGCUUCUGGUGAGCUUUGGAAAAUGGUUCGCAUUGGGGGACAACCUUUAGGAUUUGAUGAGUGCGGCAUCGUGGCUCAAAUAUCAGAACCCCUGGCAACAGCUGACAUUCCAGCUUACUACAUUAGUACCUUCAAGUUUGACCACGCCCUGGUUCCCGAAGAAAACAUCCAAAGUGUGAUCGGAGCUCUGCGGACCAAGAGCACGGCACAGUGAAGGAAGCCAGAGGAAAAACAAUGACCGUUUUCAAAGUCAUUUCGUUCAAACGUUUAUCAUGUCCAAAAAGUGCCAAGAGCUUAUUUAGCGGACUUCUGUGGAUCGGCUCUGAAAGGAAGGGAUCUAACCACGAAGCGUGGGUGGAGUACGGGGGGGAGUGUGACGGUGUGUUAGGGAUGCCUUUGUUACUUGAUCAUUUUCUUUGCCCCCACCCCUCCUUCCUUCCCCUGGCACUCGAGACCCUCCACUGCCUGCUCUGGUAGUUGUUGCUUUAGUUUACCAGACUGAAUAUGUUUCUUUUCCUCUCUAAAGCUGCUUCUUCCCACUCCCUGACCCUCAUGAGCACCAUACUGUAUUAGUUACAUAAUUCCUCUAGUGGAAGAAUGACGAAUGUACUCUCAAAAACAAAAUAUAUAAAAGCUCUCCAUAUUUUUAUUUUUUUUUCCACAGUUCAUUUCUCAGUGCCAAGAUGUUUGAAUGCCUAAACUGAUGCCUUUGUCAAAAUACUAUACGUGUGCAAUUGUAGGAGACAAUUCUUUGAGACCGCCAGCGAUGACGUUUUUCUGUUGUUGUUUUUUGCUUUUAGCAGCUGUUGAACAUCUUUUAAUUAGAGCAAUGAUCUGACUGUCGGAGUCCAUUGUUAUAUUCAGACGCUUGAUCUGGUGGAACAUGAAGUGAAUCCAACAUCUCGAUGAGGAGAUGAUCAUUUAAGUGUUUUAAAAAGUCACAAGCAUUCACACUGUGAGCAACCUGGUUGAUGGGUCACUGGAAAUUAGCAGAAUUCAUCGACAUAUUUAACAUAAUUUAACAGAUUCUUUGGCUCGCAAGCACAAUUUAUGUGGCAUUUAAGGCUUCAGAGUAGCUCUUAAGAAUCACAAGUUUAUAUAUUGCUAAACUGAAAUUCAGCAACAAUAACUUUGAUAUUUGGAUAAUAAUUGCAAUGGUUCCUUUUCUCAGUUUUAUACUAUAAGUUGAACACCUUUGGAUUUUUUAGUGGUCAAACUACACUAAAUAUAUUUGCCUCUGGUAGCUUAUUUUUUCGAGACAUUCAGAGUCUCCAGAGGAGGAAUUACACUGACGUUUAUGAUCCCUGACUUUUCAUGUAGCACCACCAGCGGGUCAAAGUGGAUCACGUAUUCAAAAAUAUCUCAACAUCUAUGUAUUGGCACAAAAUUUGCUGCAGACACUCCACGACAAUGUGUCCUAAUGGUUUUGACUUUUCAUGUAGCGCCAUCAUCAGGACAGAAUUUGAAUUUAUCAACCAAAUACCUUCAAAACUAAUAAAGUCUGGGGCGUCGGUGGCUUAGUGGUAGAGCAGGCGCCCCAUGUACAAGGCUGCUGCCACAGCGGCCCGGGUUCAACUCCAGCCUGUGGUCCUCUGCUGCAUGCCACUCCCUCUCUCUCCCCCCCUCACACUUGUCUGUCCCAUCAAAUAAAGGCUAAAAAUGCCCCAAAAAAAAUCUUUAAAAAAAAACUAAUAAAGUCUGAUGAGCCUCAGCUCGGCUUUGUUUUUAGUAAUAAUUAGCACAUGGCUGAACAUGGUCAACAUAGCCCGCUAAAGCACGUUAACAUUGUCAUGGUGAGCAUGUUUCCACCAUCAGAUCACAACAGAUUGAUUACACCUGUUGUGUAUAGAUACAGCAGAGGUCACAUUGUUCUGUCACAUAAUGAAACACCAGCUAUCACACUUUAAAAAAAUGUUAAUAUUGUGUAAAAAAUAUGGAGAAAAAAGACCAUUUAUGUUAUGCUAAUGCUUUCCUAUCGAUAGGUACGAUACAAAAUGUUGCUUAUAAAAAGAGUCUAGAAUCCAUUUCUGAAUUCAGAUGCAGACAUUUAAAAAUCCAAUAGGUUUCAAUUGGCAGCCGAUAAAUACCAGUUUUCAGGCAUCAGAGCUUCAUUGAGAAAUAUCUGCAGUUAAUCAAAGCUUCAACAGGUGGGAGGUGGGUGGAUGAGAGACGAGGACAUAUGUUGGACAUAUUUGAAUCAGUAGUUUUCAGUCGAAAUUACUGCACCUAAAAUCAUUUUGUCAGCACGCAGGUCGCAGUAACAUCAGCCGUAACUUUUGAAACUAUUGCAGACACUUGACUUUUUUAACAUCUUGCUAGAGUAUCUGUGAGCCUGACACAUGUGGUCAAAGUGUCCCAGUUUCAGUAGUGCUGGACUGUUGGUGACUGAUGUAAAAUGAGAGCAAGACACAAAACUAUCACGAAGUUUAAGUGUCCUUGUCUGAGGAUAACUAAUUUUGAUUUACGUUAAUGCAUAAUGACAUGCAGCGAUUAACCUGGAAACGAUUGAAACAUUGGGGUCAGCCUGUACAUACAUACAUUUGAUUAUUACGCUUAUUUACUUUCUCUCUGAGAGUUAGAGGAGAGGAUCGUCACCAUUCUCUUCUCUGUGCGUUCCGUAAGGCGCUGGAGCUACGAGGCAGUUAGCUUAGCUUAGCAUAAAGACUGGGAACAGGGGAAACAGUUAGCCUGGCUCUGUCCAGAGUUUACACGUUACCAAUUAACAUAGGUGGGGCAAAGUUACAGUUAAGUCUCAACUUUUGGCACUCAAGUCCCAAGUGAAGACUGACCUGUCUCAAGUCAAGUCCCAAGUCCCAAACUUUGAGUUUUGAGUCCUAAACAAGUCAUAUGGUGCUCUUCACCAAAUGUAAUGCCAUUUUAACAUCAGAGUAAUGAUAUAUACUAAAUUUACAAAACUCAUGAAUGCUUUUUAAAAUUUGUAUUUGUUAAAACAACAAGAAAAUAGUGCUGUCAUAGAAUACAGCACUAUUAACCAUUGUAUUUUUGUCUUGUAUUUAGCUCAUAUCAUAUUGGAAAAAUGUCCAUAAUUUCCCACAUUGGUUUGGGGGAAGGUAUCGAGUAUUUUUAAGUUAAAGUCUCAGGUCCAAGUGACGAGUCGAGGUGUAUAAGUCCAAGUUGAGGUGCAAAUCUCUUUUGAUUUUGUCAAGUUGAGUCCAAAGUCAUGACAUUUCUGACAUGAGUCCACACCUCUGCAAAAUAACAUGCUGUAUCUUGUUUGUUUAAUCGGAAAAUAUCAGAAAAGUCAAAAAAUCAACACUUUGUAGUUUUGUUCUCUACUGUAUAUUUGAUCGUUUUCUGGUCCCUUCCGAUGACUCGACGAUCACGUUGCUCACAGUGUGAAGCUGCAAUAAGACCUGCUAAAAAUGCAAUGAUAAAAAAUGUUUGCAUCUACAGAAGUAAUAAAUUACUGAGCCACUUUGACAAUGUACAAUAAAAAUAAUGACAUAAACAUAAGCUAUGGUUCACACAGGGAAGGAGCCCUGGUGUCCAUGUAGGUGUUGAAGCUGCCCCUCCCCUGCCCCAGUCUGCACUUUAAUGCAGGUUCCACCCCCACAGGCCUGCUGUACUUAUGUGAAAACGGGGGAGGGCUAUUUACUGUAGAGAGAUCCUGUCCAGGAGAUUUCUGUUGGUCUUAAACUUAUUUGUUGUUUUCACGCCACCUUGCACCUAACAACAGCCUCUCUUCUGAUCAGAUGUGAUUAGUAGACACCCUGUAUUUAUCAGUGUUAAAACAGGAGGAAGGUGACAUUUCUUCUUAAUCCAUUUCAAAGAAAAAAAGUUGAAAGCUUUUCAUUUGGAGCUUCUUGUGUGGAAAAAAUAAACAAGCUUUUCUUUGUUUUUGGA